AUGUUUCAAGUUUGGUUGAAAAUUGCCCUGAUAUUAUAGAUUUGGAUUUGAGUGAUGCAACACUAUUAACGGGUUUAACUAUCGAUUUCAUUAUUAAUGGUCUUCCAAAACUGCAACAUCUACAUUUGAGUAGAUGCUAUAAUAUUCCUUCAAUUAGUUAUUUAUCACUAAGCAAUAUUUCAUCUCUUCAACAAUUUGUUUGUUUUGGAAUUUUGACUGAAACAGCACUUCAAACUCUGAGGGGUAAUCUUCCAAACAUAGAAAUUAAUAGACAUUUAUUUUCUUUUAUUGCCAGGCCAACUACUGGUAUAAGAAGAACUAGUAUUUGGCAUUUAAGAGUAAGAGACUAAAAACUAAUUGGAAAUUUCAUUAUCAUUCCAAACAGAUAUAAGUUUACAUUCUAAAAUUUUGUAAUUUAUCAUGUUUAAUGUUUCAAACCAUUAUCAUUAUUUUAAUUCUUUUUCCAAGUAAACAUUUAUAUUGAUGCAAGUAUGUUUUGUGAUUACAAAAAUUUCUAAUUGUUUGUUAAUCCAUAAUGUGUUCUAGCAUUAUAGGGAAAAAAGUAAUUUACAUUCAGAUACUAUGAAUUUUUUUCUUUUUUUU